AAACCACGUUCCUUUCUCACAACACAUCUCCUAGGGGAUUGUGUUUAUUUUGAUUUUUCUUUGAAAAAAUAAAGAAAAAUCGACAAAUUAUUAAAAAAUAAUAAAUAAAAUCUUUGAAAAACAAUUAUAUUUGCUUACUCACAUAAAAUAAUAAUAAAAACAAUAUGCCGAAAGUAAGAAGUACUACGGGGGCACCCCGUAAACAGGGAUUCAAUAAAUCCAAUCACUCCAUGAAUCCUGAAAGACCCAAAUCUGGUCUAAAAGGAGUGGCCAAUCCCAGAACCAAGGGCACCAUUAAACGUCUGCAGAUGUACAGAAACUUCAAGGCCAAAAGAGAUCGUACUGGUAAAAUUAUUACACCAGCUCCCUUCCAGGGUCGCUUAGCUUCAGGUACAAUGGCCAGAGUGGAACCCACUCCCAAGUGGUUUAGUAAUUCACGCGUCAUUUCCCAAAAUGCCUUGCAAAAAUUCCAGGAUGAAAUAGGCAAAGCUAUUAAAGAUCCCUAUCAGGUGAUUAUGAAACCUAGCCAGUUGCCAGUCACUUUGCUGAAUGAAGCCUCCAAACAUCAAAGAGUCCAUUUGCUGGAAACUGAAAGCUAUGAAAGUGUUUUUGGUUCCAAAAAGCAAAGGAAGAGGGUAAAUCUGAAAGUAAGAGAUUUAGAAGAAUUAAGUCGUACUGUAGAGGCCCAAGAGGAACAAUACGAUGCCACAAAAGAUGUGGAUUUGGUGCGUGAGGAUACGGGAGAAAAAGAUGCUCAAAGAGAUUGGAUUUUUGCUGCUGGCCAGAGUAAACGUAUUUGGAAUGAGCUGCACAAAGUGGUUGAUGCCUCGGAUGUUCUUUUGCAAGUCCUGGAUGCCCGCGAUCCUAUGGGCACCCGUUCCAAGUACAUUGAAGAAUUUUUGCGCAAAGAAAAACCCCACAAACAUUUGUUCUUUAUUCUGAAUAAAGUAGAUUUGGUACCUGUUUGGGUAACACAACGUUGGGUGGCCAUACUCAGUGCUGAAUAUCCCACAAUAGCUUUCCAUGCCUCGUUACAACAUCCUUUCGGUAAGGGUGCUCUUAUCAACCUCUUCCGUCAACUGGGCAAGUUACACAUGGAUAAAAAGCAAAUCAGUGUGGGUUUCAUAGGUUAUCCCAACGUGGGUAAAUCUUCUGUGAUCAAUGCUUUAAGAUCGAAAAAGGUGUGUAAUGUGGCCCCAAUUGCCGGAGAAACCAAGGUCUGGCAAUAUAUUACGUUAAUGAAACGUAUCUUUUUGAUUGAUUGUCCUGGUGUGGUGUAUCCAUCAGCUGAAACAGACACUGAAAAGGUUUUAAAAGGUGUUGUGAGAGUGGAAUUGGUUACUAAUCCCGAGGAUUACGUAGAUACUGUAUUGAAAAGAGUGCGUCCAGAAUAUAUCAAAAAGACCUAUAAGAUUGAUAGUUGGACUACUACUUUGGAUUUCCUGGAACAAAUGGCCAAGAAAACUGGCAAACUUUUGAGAGGUGGUGAACCAGAUAUAACAGUGGUAUCCCGCAUGGUGCUUAAUGAUUGGCAAAGAGGUAAAUUGCCGUUCUAUGUAGCACCCGAAGGUUUUGAAGUUCCCAAAUCACAGUAUGAGCAAAAGUCACAAGAAUCCUUUGAAAAGGCCGAAGCAGCUGGUAAAACGGGCGAAGAAGAAGACGAUGCUAAGUCAGAGGCACCCACCUUUGUUAGUGAGUCGGUUAAGAAGGCCAGAGAAUUUAAACAGCUACAAGAUUUCCGUAAAAUUAAAGUGGGCAUUGAGUUUGUACAGGAUGAUAUCAAGGAAUUGGAUAAAAUCGAUUUGGAACUUUUGGCUCAACAAAAAGAGGAAAGGGCGGCGCGCAAAAAGGCCCGUCUACUCAAUCCCACGGGAGACGAUGAAGAUUCUAGUGAUGGUGCUAGUGAGUUCUAUUCUGAAGACGAAUAUGAUGAGGAUUUGGAAAAAGUGGUGCACAAAAAGGCAGCCGUCAAGAGAAAACAAACAGUGGCCAUUACCUCCUCCGGUAAAUUUAGAGUUGAAGAUAAAAUCGAAGAGUCUGAGGAUUCAGAUGGUGGUAAUACACCUGCAUUGCCGGCUAAGAAAAAACUCACCGCCAAACAGAAGAGAGCUUUGGAACGCCAACAGAAACGCAAGAAGGUGGGCAGUAAUUUCUACGAAGUGGCCAAUGUUAAGAAUCGUAAUCGUAAUAAGAAGAAAAAGGAUUAAUAUGUGUACAAUAAGCAUUAUCUUUUAUUCAUUCUUAUUCUUUAAAUAUUUUAAUUUUAAUCAUUAAAUAAACAAUUAAAACUUAAAAAAA